AGGCAUCAUCAUCCAAAAACGGACUAUGGAAGCUGGUCAAGUGGGCCAAGAACAGACAAGACAUACCGCCCGCCUGCACCCCGACGCUCUCCAAGCCCGAUGGAAAAUUCGUCUAUCGCCCUGAGGAGAAGGCCGAAGUAUUGCGUCAAUCCUUCUUUCCCCCUCCGUGUCAGGCUGACCUUUCGGACAUCAAUGGCUACAAAUAUCCUCCGUCCAUUGAAUGCCCUGACAUCACCCUGCCAGAGAUUGAAAAGGCAACACGCAGGGCUGCCCCGAACAAGGCCCCUGGCGCCGACGGUAUCAUCAACGGCGUACUACACCGAACACUCGACAUCCUGCUCCCCGGCCUCCAAAAACUGUUCAACGCAUGUCUCCAAGUGGGCUACUGCCCCCAACACUUCAAGGAGGCAGUCACCGUAGUUCUCCGCAAGCCGGGCAAAGACGAUUAUACACAACCCAAGUCGUACAGGCCAAUUGCCUUGCUCAAUACGUUGGGCAAGGUGCUGGAAGCCAUCAUAGCCAACCGACUUGCUUAUCUUGCCGAUGUAUAUCAACUAUUGCCCAGGAGACAUACUGGAGGUCGGAAACUUGCAUCGACGGAACACGCGAUUCAUGUCCUCCUCCAACGGAUAUAUAAGGCGUGGUCUGAGGGGAAAGUGGCAACCCUGCUACUGCUCGACGUCUCUGGGGCGUAUGAUAACGUUUCCCGGGAGAGGUUACUACACAACCUUCGCAAACGUCGAGUCGAUGAAAAGAUCGUAAAAUGGGUUGCAUCGUUCCUCAGCGGCAGGUCCACGACUCUCAAACUGCCAGAGUACACUGCACCCUCGGUACGCAUCGAAACAGGAAUCCCGCAGGGAUCACCGGCCUCGCCCAUUCUUUACCUUUUCUNCAACGCGGAUUUGAUUGAAGCGUGCCAAACACCAGAGACGGAAUCAGUUGGUUACAUAGACGACGUGUCCAUCCUAGCAGUUGGCCCAUCAGCAACUCACAACUGCAAAACCCUCAAAACCAUCCACGUCAAGGCACAGGAUUGGGCAAGAAAACACGGCUCCCAAUUCGCUCCGGCAAAGUACGAGCUUGUACACUUUACCAGAGACCCAAAAACGAACAGCACCCACGCCCUUCGCUUGCCUCACGCGACCAUCAAAGCCUCCCCUUCUUGCAAAUACUUAGGUAUCCAAAUGGACACGAGGCUUCGAUGGGACUAUCAUCGCGAAAAGAUGGAGGCUGGGGCUACGAAGCGACUUUCCGCGUUGUCAGCUCUGGCAUCAUCGACGUGGGGGGCAGGUUUAGUCAGCCUUCGACAAGUGUACAGGGCAAUGAUCAUACCUCAAAUGCUUUACGGCUGCUCAGCAUGGCACGUCCCCGGGAAAGGCCGCAUAAACAGAGGUGUCGAUAUGAUAACGGCCAUCAGGAAAAUCCAGCGACGAGCAGCCCAAGUGAUUACCGGAGCCUUUCGGACAGCCGCAGGAGCAGCAGUAGAUGUAGAAGCUCACCUACUCCCAGUGGAGCAACAGCUGGAGCAAACAGUACUAGAGACCACCAUGCGCAUCCGGAGCAGUCCUCUGUACGACGACAUGGCCAAACACUCGAGAGACGUGAACUCGGCACGAUGGACACGCCAGGAACGCGAUGAGCACAGCCCUCUGGAUCAACUCUCGAGUAUCCUGGAGCACAAAUACGACGUGCAGCUGGACAAACUCGAGAAACGCCAACCACAUGUCGUUCCGCCCUGGUGGCUUCCUCCAUUCGUAUGUAUUAACGAAUCCGCCAAAGAGGCAAUCAAAGAACAUGAUGCCACAGAUCCAGGGACAAUUUCUGUGUAUACCGACGGAAGCGGCAUCAACGGCCACGUUGGUGCAGCCGCGAUAACACUAGAACCUCGGAUUCAAGGUGUUCCAACCAAGCGAACAGAAUACAUGGGAGUGUCCAGCACGUCCACGGUAUACGCAGCUGAACUGAGAGGGCUGGUGUUAGCACUCCAGAUCGUACUCGACAUCAACGCAGCGACAAAUGCACCCGGAAAGUGCGCCAUAUUUACCGACAACCAGGCCGCGAUCCAGGCAAUGAGGAACCCAAAGAGCCCAUCUGGACAGUAUAUCCUGGUCGAAGCUAUACAAGCACUCGACAAACUCCGAAGCCUAGGAUGGGUAGUGCAAUUCCGAUGGAUCCCGGCACAUGUCGGAGUGCGAGGCAACGAAGCCGCCGAUCAGGCAGCGAAGGAAGCUGCCGGUCACGAUCCAAAUCAACAGACCUCUACGGCGCCUCCACGGGAGCCGGAUUGGCUACGAACCCUCACUGCUACCACGAAGUCCAUCAUACGCAAGGCGAUGAAGGAGGAAUGGAACCAGUCGUGGGAAUCGGCCAAGCAUGGAAGAGACCUUUAUCGACUCGGCAUCCGACCGAAAAAGGACACACUGAAAACGCAUGUAGAUAAACAUAGAGCGGUCAGCUCAGUGAUCACACAGAUGCGGACAGGCAAAAUCGGCCUCUUGGCCUACCUCCAUGGAAUCAACAGAGCGGACACCGACAAAUGCCCUUGCGGGUACGGGACUCAGACCGUACGACAUAUUCUCCUGGAAUGCCGCGACUGGACGGAAGAACGACUCAAAAUGUGGGCAGGCAAGCGAUCAUGCGCUGACGUCAAGCGCAUUCUCUGUAGCUCGUCAAAGUCGGUACAAGCAGCCAAGAUGCUCCUCAGGACUGGCCUGCUCGGUCAAUUCCGAGCAGUGCCACCCACAGUACUCCAAUAUACGCAAUCAGCGUAA